GCCUAGCCCUUUGUUAGUCACACAGCUCUGUUAUGUUCUCUAACAUUUACGUUUUCUUUUAGAUUUUCAAUUUAGGUUUUUCUCUCUGUAAUUUGCAUUAGAUUUGAUUCAGUCAGAGCCAUUGUAGAGGGUUAGGAGGUGUGGAUUCAUUUCAAUUUCUUUACUGUAUCGUUUCCCACCUGUGUCAAAAUACCGCCAUUUUCUCGCUCCAAAAUCAACAUCUUUGUGUACAAUAAUCCUAAAUUAACACCCAGAGACUUGUCUCAAGGCAAUUUUAUCCUUGACUGCUUGUUUGAUUACGCUUCAAUUUGUAUAGAGAAAUAGAAACCUGUUAAGGGUUAGGGUUCUUUUUGCUUUGAAUUUUUGAGAUACAGAUCAAGAAAAAAUAAAAAAAAUAAAAAAGUUUAUUUUUGGGAUUAGCUUGUAAGUGAUGGAUAAGAAGAAGGUGGCCGUUCCGCUGGUUUGCCACGGUCAUUCCCGUCCGGUUGUGGAUCUGUUUUACAGUCCAAUCACUCCCGAUGGUUUCUUUCUCAUCAGUGCCAGUAAGGAUUCUAGUCCCAUGCUGAGAAAUGGAGAGACUGGAGAUUGGAUUGGAACAUUUGAAGGACAUAAGGGUGCAGUAUGGAGUUGCUGCUUGGAUACUAAUGCCCUACGUGCUGCAACUGCUUCUGCAGACUUCUCUGCGAAAGUUUGGGAUGCAUUAACAGGAGAUGUGCUACACUCAUUUGAACACAAGCACAUUGUUCGAGCCUGUGCUUUCUCAGAGGAUACACACCUUUUGCUUACUGGAGGAGUAGAGAAAGUUAUCCGUAUAUAUGAUUUGAAUCGUCCAGAUGCCGCUCCAAGAGAAGUGGAUAAAUCCCCUGGUUCAGUCAGAACUGCUGCAUGGCUACACAGUGAUCAGACCAUACUAAGUUCUUGCACUGAUAUGGGAGGUGUCAGAUUAUGGGAUGUAAGAACUGGUAAAAUAGUCCAAACACUUGAGACCAAAUCAUCUGUGACCAGUUCCGAAGUGAGUCAAGACGGUCGUUAUAUCACUACUGCUGAUGGGUCUACUGUGAAGUUUUGGGAUGCAAACUACUUUGGGUUGGUGAAGAGCUACAACAUGCCGUGCACAGUAGAGUCAGCUUCACUGGAACCAAAGUUUGGGAACAAGUUCAUUGCUGGGGGAGAAGAUAUGUGGGUUCAUGUAUUUGAUUUCCAUACUGGUGAUGAGAUUGCAUGCAACAAGGGUCACCAUGGUCCUGUUCACUGUUUGCGUUUCUCGCCAGGAGGAGAAUCAUAUGCCUCAGGAUCCGAAGAUGGUACCAUUAGAAUAUGGCAGACUGGCCCCUUGACUCAAGACGAAACCGAGGCACUGGCAGCAAAUGGAAAGGUGAAGGUACCUGCAGAAGAGGUUUCUCGAAAGAUCGAGGGCUUCCACAUUGCAGACGAGGGGAAAUUGAAAGAGAAGGAAGAGGCAGGGAAUGAGUGACUGGCUGGUCCAGAGCAUAAUAGCCAUGCCUGUCAUCAUAGUUCAGAGCUAUCCUAGUUUGAUUACUUCAUUAUAUAGACAGACUAAACAAGAAUUUUUGUACAACUUUUUAGUUCACUGUUUCGUUGCUGCUGAGAUAUCGACUGGAGAAAUGAUUUGUUUUCUGGAUAUUCAGAUUACCUAUAAAGUCGAGUGCUGCGCCCCUUUUUCUAUUAAAGACAUCUAUUUUGUAUACGACAA